AAGCUUAGAACUUUCCUCACUGAAACAAGUUAAAUCAAAGAUUAUUUAACAAGCCACAUCCUAAUUCGAAUGGAUGGUUCUCUCUUUCAGAAUAAGAAAUAUUGAGACCAAAAUUGAGAUGGGAAAAAAAUAUUGGAAAUUAGAUGGCAUUUCAUUAUCCAUCUCACCAAUACCUACAACGUUUCAACAGAAAGAAGGCCCAUUGCUUAAAAAAUCAGAAGGCAAUAUCUUAUAUGUGAAAGGAGGCUUGUGUACUGACGGUAAGCGGGCAACCCAUGAACAAUGAGCAGCAAACUCUUGCAGCCAUGGAAUCCGGCAUUCCAACCAGAAUGGGCUUUUGAAGAUAUACGCAUAACCUUCUUCAAAUGUGUUAGAUGGCAAGUGGAAGAAACAUUUGAUCCAAUCAACUGCCCUUAUCAUUACUUCUGCGACAGCACUUAUCCUGGGAAUUAUCCCCCUUAUGUGGAUGUCAUAGUUUUUCUAUUUGCAACUGCUUCGUACCUGGCAACGCUAGUCAUUAUGGUAAUGGAUAUAUCAAGAAGAGGGGAAGCUCAUUUCAGUCGUUACCGGAGAUUCCUGCUACCCUCAGGUCCAAUUUCUCUCCCAAUAAUCCUCUUAACACUAACCAAAGGCUACAGGAUCAAUUCUAUAUUUCCUCUCUCCUGCAUUGGUCCUGCAAUUCUUCAACUGCUUUAUGUAUCUUCUCUUGCUUUUGAUAUUGGCGUUGAUAAAGAUGUCAGGUAUGCACUCUAUGAGGCAUCAACCAUUUCUGGAAUUCUGCAUGGAAGCCUACACCUAGAUUCCAUUAUAUUGCCUUACUACACAGGUUUCGAUGCUCUGGUUUCUUCUACAUUUUCUGGUGAGUGCCAAUCCUGCGUGUGUCGAAGGGAGGUUUUGUUGGUAGGAGGGAAGCUGGUCACCUACAGAGGGUGGUCUGUGACUACAUUUUUAGUUGUGGGGGCUCUGUGCUUGAGGAUUAUACGCAGAAUGAGUGGACAGAAUAGCAGCACCAUCAUGGCAAUCAAGUCCUUGUUGGAAAGCUUAGGUUGGAUCUCCAUUACCUUGGACUGUAUCUAUCUAACAAGAAAGGCUCCACCAGAGCAACCUAUGAUGCGAAUUACUGCUUUCGGAAGCAUACUCGCAUUGGUUUGUCUUCAUCUAACAAAGAAGCUCUCCUCUCAUACUACGCGAUACCUGCAAAAUUACAUGAAUAGAAUACCAAUGAGAAGUAGGAAGGGAUAACGGGUCAAUCUGAUUCAGAUCCCAUCCUUAGAGGGUCAAAGGCCUGUUAAAAGAGUUGAUCUUUUAGCAAUUAAGAUCCGCUUACUUGUACACUUACAAAUUAGUUGUAACCUGAAAGUUUUAAGUUCCACACCGAACCCUUUUUUAAAAAGAAUUCUUCUCUGGUGCGUGCAGAGAAAUCAACAAAUGUAUAAAUUAGUCAUCCCAAGGGGAUGGACAACCCAAGGAAAAAAACUUGGAAUUUCCAUCAAGAAAUUCUGGUAGUGGUUAUUGAAAGAAGAGAGCUACUCCUAUUGUAUAGCCCAUUCUUUUUUAUUUUAGUGUAAAAGCGAAAACUGUAUAGUAUAAAUAUAAUUGGUUCUUUAUCUUUAUUCAAUA